UAUAUAGAAACAGAGCCGAACCUGUUAACAUUGGAUCCCGCAACGACACCAAACAUGAAUUUAUUCUCCAAGAAACCUACAGCUAAAGAGGUGCUCAGAGACAGUAAACGAGAAAUGGCCAAUGCCACCAGAGGCAUAGAGAAGGAAAUUUCUGCUUUGCAAUUGGAGAAGCUUGUUGCUGAGAUCAAGAGAACUGCUAAAUCUGGAAAUGAGGCUGCGACCAAGAUACUAGCACGCCAGCUAAUCAGGCUAAGACAGCAAAUUGCAAACCUGCAAGGUAGCCGAGCUCAGAUGAGAGGCAUAGCAACUCACACACAAGCAAUACAUGCCCAAACUUCAGUUGCUGCAGGCAUGAAGGGUGCCACUAAAGCUAUGACAGCCAUGAAUAAGCAAAUGGCUCCAGCAAAACAGGCAAAGGUGAUUCAAGAUUUCCAAAAACAAUCAGCUCACAUGGACAUGAUUACAGAGAUGAUGUCAGAUGCCAUAGAUGAUGCUUUGGACAAUGAUGAAGCUGAAGACGAAACAGAAGAGUUGACGAACCAGGUCCUUGAUGAAAUCGGUGUUGAUAUUGCUUCACAGUUAUCAGCAGCUCCAAAAGGAAAAAUUGCUGGGAAAAAGAUUGAGGAGAGCAGUAGCUCGGGAAUUGAUGAACUGGAGAAGAGGUUGGCUGCCCUUAGAAAUCCUUAGCUCACAUGACUACAAACACAUCAGACUUGUCAUGGAUUUGGCUCCACAAUGGCUCUUUGGUUUUGGGAAUAUUUUUUGCUAUAAAUAACCAGUGAUGGAGGUCCUCGCCUCCUCGGCCUUCUGGCCGAUGGCAUGGCCCCAUGCUUGUUGAAGCUUCCUCGAGACAUCGUGAGAUGUUUUUUAGGAGAGCAAAGCUAUUGAUAAUGUUAUGGCUAAGGAGAGCAAUUGCUUUUUCAAUCACAGAUUUCUCCCAGUGAAAGCUAUUGAUAAUGUUAUGGCCCGGGUCCAUCCCUAGAUCGGAAUAAUCGAGUUGAAGAAUUCGAUUGGGGAGGUCGUGCAGUAACAAUCGAUGGUGGUUGUUGUCUCGCUAGAGGGCGGCGGAUGGAGGUUGUGUUGGACAAUGGCAUUGGUUGAAUUGUUGGCUGAGACAACCCCAUUAGAAGCAACAAUAGUCAUGGAGGUUGUGCAUCACUGGUGUACAUCACCAUAAUAAGGAUGAUUUUGUCAAAUUAGUUCUUUUCAGUCCUAUUUUUGUCCCAUAAAACAUACUAUCCUCCGUAUCCCAUUAAUUGCAACAUUGGAAUAUAUACACUAUUAAUAUAAUUUACUUUGGCUAUAUUUUAUUUAGUGAUGUAUGUGAAUUAUUUUUUUUUGAAAAAUAUUGUUAAAUUCAUC